AUGACAGCUUCUACACAAAGAGUAGCUGUUCCUGCUUACCAACAGUAUGCAGCACCCGUCUACAGUCCUCCAAACCAUACAACAAUCAAUAUCCAAGACCCACCCAACCCAUACUACGGGCAACCAUAUCCAGACAAUCGCGCCACAGCUACCACCACCAACCCUAGUUCUUCUACAACACCUCCUGCUUACAAACCACAAGGCACCAGUGUAGCUAUACCACCACCAUCUUAUCAAGAUUAUAACAAAGACCCUCGCCUUCAGGGAGCCUAA